AUGAUUCACCUCCGACAUUGGCUGUUCGCAAAAAAGGAUUUGAUUAUUUAUGUGAUUUUGGCUACUGUUAUUCUUUAUUUCAAAUAUAAUCGAGACGACUCCAAUGAAUCCACUAAAACUCUGACAGUUGAUGAAUUUGCUAGAAUUUACCGGAUGAAAUAUGGCCAAGAGCGAAUUCUUGAGAAAUCGAUAUGUCUGAUGGACGGGCGAUGUGUGAAUAUAGCAGAUGGUGUGGAUCCAUUCGUCAAAGAGUUUUCGUUGAUUCGACAAAUGCUGGUAGGAGGAUUUCGUAUAUCUCAAAUGCGUUUGAAGUUACCAUCCGAGCUCCUCUCUACCAAUUUAGACUCCAGCUUGUGGGAAAUAAACAGAGGAGGGUUAGCCUCAGACACCUACUUGAUGACUAUGGUCGGAGAAGUUUUCGAAAGUGGUGCACUGGACCUUCGGCAUGACGUCACCGGAAAAGUGCUGUCUAUCGGUCUAGGCGCAGGAUACAUCAACACAUUUCUGCACUACCACUUUCCUAAACUGAACAUAACAGUGGUCGAGUUGGAUCCGAAAAUGCUGGAAAUCGCCCAGAAAUGGUAUGGUUUGGAAGUGGAC